UGGGUUACCAGGUGAUACUGGGAUAGACAUUAUGGGGUCCUACUGUGGGUUUGCGGUACUAGUAAAAUGCAAGGACUGGAAUUCCAGAAUUCUGGUAGGGGAAAUAGUACGAUUUGAAGGGGCGCUAGCUCGGUAUCUUCCAGAAACUACGGUGGGUAUGUUCUGUAUUUCGGAGCGUGGUUAUUUUUCUAAUGCGGCUAUACAGCACGCUCAAGGAUCUCGUUAUAAUUUGCUGCUUACUUCAUCGAAUCAAAUUCUAGAGGAUAUCAAGAGAUUUCGUCUAGGUCCUCAGGGGUUGAUUUGUAAGGAGGUUUUGAAGGAAAUUUUAAAGAUUCGGGAAAUUGAAGAACAGGGAAGAAUGGAAGUACUAUUAAAUCAGGAGGAGAUUUUGAGGACGAAUGAUCAUUUAGAGAGGGAAAUAAAGGAUAUUAAUAGGAGAAUUCUUGGGUUUGAAAGGAAUCUUCGGGAAAGUAGAGAAGUGGAUAGAGUUCGUGAUAAAGAGAGGAAGCAACGAGAUUCUAGAUGUUUUUGGGCUUCUGUUUUGGCUUUUAUUUCUAUUAUGACUUACGUACUUUAUAUAAAUAAAUAUAUCACUUAUCAUGCUAAUGGAUUAGAUUUAUUAAAACUGGAAUUGGAGCGAAUAACAAAAGAAAGAAAUAUGCUUGAAGCUGAGAUUAUGAAGCUAAAACAUAUUAUAGAAGAAAAUGCUAAACGUGAAGCCGAGGAUAUUAACCUUACAUCACAAUGUUCAACCAUAGUUUCAGAAGAUUUGAUAGUUGAGGACAGCAACGAUAAUGACGGUAGUAGCAAUAGUAAAUUUGUUAACGAUAAUAUCGAUAAUGAUAUAACCAUCAACAACAUUGUCCUCAAUAAUAAUAAAAGCAGUGGUGAUAAAGGGUUUAUGAUAGAAUUGGAAUUAAACAAAGGUAGUAACAUGAGGUGCUAUAGUUAUGGUGAAGAUGUACCUGAUCUUCCUAGCAAUUUGGUUGUCGUUAACGAAAAUACAAGUCAAGGCAAUAAAAAUAAAGACUUGUCAAGUGAUGAAGCAUUAGAGUUAGUAAUAAUUGGACGAUUGUUGGCGAUCCUUAUCAAUUUCGCUUUUGACCGAAACAAUUUUAAUUCUGUUGAUGGACAUCAGAAUGAAUACUAUUCAGGUAGUUCAUUGUUUGUUGGUGAUAAUGACGGUGAUGUUAUUGAAAUGAUAUAUGAUGACAUCGCCCCUUGUAGAAUAAAAGUGAUUUCUCAGGAUCUUAACAGUGAUCUCGACAAUAAGGAACAAGAUAAUAAGGAACGUCAUCACAAUCACAACACUAGGAAAAUGUUUAAACCAUCGUCAUUUUCGGGUGACAUACCUUCGCAAACAGUAUGGGAACAACAUUUGAAAAAUAAGGGAAGAUAUCAAUUCGUGCUAUUGGAAACUCCUUGGGCAAAUUGUUUGAGAGCUGCCCUACAACAAAAACGUCCACCCCCUAUUGUUCGAUCUCAAAAACACGAAAAUGACGAAGAGGUUGAUGAGUUUUACGCCGAAGCCUCACCUCACACAAAGAACGUACAUCUGGAUCGUUCGGCUGUUUGA